AUGUCCCUCCCACUGGAUCCAAUGGGCCAGCCCCUCGUCGUUCGCAACAAACGAGGACGAAAGGUCGACGAAACGCUCCCGAAAAGCCAUCAGAGAGAGGUCCAGCGUCUCUUUAGAGCACGUAGGACAACCCAUCUUGCUGACCUGGAGCGUCGAGUGAGCCUACUCGAGCGGGAGAAUGUCAUUCUGCGUCAAUGGGCUGGCGUAAAGCCCUCGGAUCGCUAUCUACUUGGCCGCGGCCCAACUGGGUGUGACACCACCAAGCCACUGAUUGCAGACGAAAACGAUCCAGAGCUCCAGCUCGAGAUUGACGAUUCCUCGCCGCACGAGCGCAACUGGCCCCAGACUCCGCCCGCAAUGGGCCCGAAUACCGCUCAACCGCGUCCUUCCUUUGUUCUCGAUCACGGCGCGCACAAGCCAGAGGCGUCUGCGACGGUGACGACGGGCCAUGGGCUUCAUCCGGGCGUCCUGGGUGCUCCAAACGUCUAUGACAAGCCGCCCCCGACCGCCCACGGACCUCCGACGGCGCAAUCGCAAGUAGCAGGAUACCAGCCUCCUUUUGAUGCUCAUGCCUACAAGCCGCAUCCCCUGUACGAGCAGAGCGCAUUUGAUCCGCCCGUCCAGCCUCCACCAGCGCAACAUUUCGACCCAAACGCGUCUGCCCUGCCACAGGAACGGCUGAUCAAGCGCGAGACGGUUUACGCGCCGCCCAACUACGCGCAGCCCCAUGAGCCAUCGCAGACGGCAUCCUAUUACUCGAUUGCGCAUCGUCCCUCGAGCUACAUGUCGCAUCCUCUCACGAGCCAGCACCCCGAUCACCUUAGCACGCCGACCCACCCUCUCUUUGCCCAAUCAACGUCUGCUUGGCCAGAUGCAUACCAUCCAUCGACAACAACACCGCUUCCGAGGCGACCACAAAUCACUGCAACACUGACGCCAAUUGUCCCACCCGUUGGCCUCACAUCCGGGGCAGGGACGAGCUCGUCGCCCUCGCAGCAGAGUUCUGCCGGGUCCGACUCACGGUCGGCCACCGUCGACAACAGUGUCUAUGACCAUCGAAGAUCGUCUGCCCAGUACAUUGGACCGUUUCCACCGGCCUCAGCGACCCCGGCGCCCCUGCCGUCUGCGUCCGUCUACAUCCCUCAUCCACAGGUUCAGACAACCGCAAGCGUCUACGCGUUGGAUGCACACCGUGACGCGCCACCUUCCUCCGAGUCCUUCCGCCCAUAG